CGAAGCGUCCCGCCUUUUUUGUUUGGAUGUGGCUGCUGAUUUAAAAAAUUAUUAAGAAAGAUAUUUUUGCAAAAAUGAGUUCGAUUCUCAAUCCGAUGUCAAAUAGUUGUGUUAAUUACGAGAAGUGCGGCGAUGUGAUCGUUUCGCCCAAGAAUAAUGUGAUCAAAAUGUACUGCAAUUUUUGUAGUGACCUUUUUGAGAAUCUCGUGGAAUUUCUGCAUCACUUGCAAUGGAUGCACAACGAUGUGCUUGGGUUCGACAAGCCGUAUAACGUAUACAACAUAGAGCAGCUGCUGCCUCAGACUGACGCAGCGGAAGAUUUGGAAUCUCAAGCGGAAAGCAGCAGCAGCAGUGAUUCUGGAAUACCAUCAAACACUAGCUAUGAGCUGGAGCCGGAAACCAAGUCAAGCCAAGCAAGGAAUAAGAACAUAUUAGAUGCGUUGGCCGCAUACGAUGUGGAUUACAAAAAAGGAAAGGAAUCUGUAAUGCAGUGGCAAGCAAACGAUACCGGAACGAAAGAUGGAGAUGUGGUCGCCGAAGUCGUAGCCAUGUUGCUUAAGGAUGACCAAAGUGUGGAGGCAACUCAAACACAAUUAGAAGAUAACACAGAUGAUGGUUUGGAGCUGCAAAAACUGCAGCAGGCUGCUGGACUGCAAAGCAUCGAAGUCCGCAACGAACAAUCCCAAUCCGCAAAUUAUUUAAAUGAUAAGCCGCAAAUCAAAGACACAACACCACUUAAGCCUACAAACCAAAAAGCAGCAACCAACUUGAAGCGUUUCCGCCAUCGUUGGGAGAUGGCUGCCAAAAUGAAAACCGAAAAACCGCAAUCCAUUUGUAAUCUGAAGAGCUAUGCAAUUGCACGCUCUGCCCGCAAGCGUGUGCAGCAGCAACAGAUGAGCAACAUCAAGAAACGGAUUCUCCGUUCCCUCGAAAACGAGCCUCGGAAACCAAUUGACCGAGUUUGCCUAGACAAUAUCUGUGCGGAGAUGAAAAUGUUGCUGCCUAAUGGUAAAAUACUUCCAACUGCUAAAAAUUCAAUUAUGCAAGAGAUGCACACAGCUUCUAACAUGAAAACUGAAACCAAUCAAUUCAGUAAAGUCAAAUCUAUCGCAGAGCAAAAUAAUACCAAAGAGAACCAGUCUAAGGAAUUGAAGUAUUCUAUAGCCGUAAAGGCAAUACCUGCAGCUAAUAUACUUUUUAAGCCGGAGAAUGAAGUUGUGAUCAUGAGGCCUUCAUCUUCUAUGUAUUUAAGUGCUGCACAGCCUAAGCCUAUAACUGAGAUUGAGAAGAAGAAAAUCAACAUGAUUACAGAUUGCAAUAUGGUCAGCACUAGCCAGAAGAUACCUUUACCCUCUAUAAGACAACCAAAGAAGACUGAUUUCAGUCAAGGUGAGGCAAACCCUUCACAUAUUAUGGUAAAGAAUGUAAUAGACACAAAGAACAGCAUUGAAAAACACUGUCCAAAAUCUCCCAUUAUUAUAAACAAAGUGGAAAUUUUGCCAACGAUUAGAGUAAAUUUAAUAAACACUCAAACUGAAAUGAAAGUAGAAACCAGUCAAAGCAAGGACAACGAAAAGCGCGUACGCAGAUCUUCAUGCACUAUCGUUAACAGUCUACCAAUGUUGACAAAAAAACCAACCAGACGUCCCUCUUUUCAUCAAGUGGCAUUUAAAAGGGAGCCACUAAAGCCAGAAACAGAGCCUUGUCCAAAGCAGUCUAAAAAACGCAAGGGAGCAAUAAUCAAUAAUAAUUCCAAUGCGUCGUUAGAUGCAGUUGACACAAAGCGAACCAAAACAGAACAAAACUCUCUAAAUUUUGAUUUAUCCGACAGCGUAAUGGCAUUUCUACAGAGUGACUUGGAAACCACACAAUUGGAUGCAGAUAGUUUGUGGGAAUUGGCUGAAACCAGUGAGAAGCGCAACCGUGAUUCCUUUGAAAAGAUACUGAAUCAAGUUAAGGGCGAGCAAAAAACGGAUUUAAAUGCUGCCCCAACUAAUUUGGCAAUUGAAAGUGAAACUAAAGCAGUGCCCAAUAAUAUUCUACGCGCCGACUUUAGUCUGCUUCAAGUAGUUGGCUUGCCCAUUAUUAAGGACAGCCAAUAUGAAGAUCGUAAGCCCAUUGAGACAUCCGAUUUGUUGCGCACGCGAGCAGUUAAAUUUAGCAAAAUGUUACGCUCAUACAAUUCCGUGUGGAAUCCCAAGAGUUGUAGAUCCCAAUUCACUGAAAAGUCUCGGAGCGAGCUGUCGAUGCUCACAGCAGACGCUAACCGUGAAUUUGGGAGCAACUUGAGCGAGAGCGAACUGAAGCGAAUUUUGAAUUUGAUCCAUGCGUGGCAUGCGCAACAAAUCGAUCUGAAGUUCUUCAAAAAGGUCACACUCCCAUCAACCAUCGACCAUUAUCUACAACUGUUUGGCUAUCUGCCCAAGAUGAACCAUUAUCUAUAUUACUGCGAGUGGUGCGAGGAAAGUAGCUGCAGCAAGUUACGCUACGAGAGACAUCGCCAGACUCAUCUAUGCGAUUUCACCUGCCCUCAUUGCAACCGAAUUUUCAAGAAAAAAGGGUUCAUGGUCAAUCAUGCGCGGCUCGUCCAUAACAAGGAAAUGUAACCAUUGUCUCAUGCAGAGAAACAUUAAAAACAGAUUGGAGUUUUGCUAAAGUUCAAAACGCAGUUAAAAUUAUGUUAUUAAUACAAAUAUUAUGUUCAAGAUGUUCAUAGUUAAGAACAGUUCCAUAUUAAGUUCUUUUUCAUUUUUGUGCAAAGUGUGCUUACGAAUGGGAUCUGAGAUCAAUUCAUUCUGGAAAAUUAGCAUAUUAUUUUCAAAGUCAAAGUUAUAUUUCCGUUUCUGAGUGCCAUACGCAAACCAACUCCCUUAACUCUGUUAAGUUUAUUUAAUAUGUUAAUAUUUUCCAAUCAUUCGACUCAAUUUGUAAGAAUUGUGUUUUGCAAAUGAUACCGAAAAUUAUUUCAUUUUUUUGGAGUUAAACAUUAUAUUACUUCUACACUUCAAAUAUUGUAGAGUGUGAAAUAUGUUGUCAAGUUUAAGCAUUAUCUUGUUUAACUAUUAACUAAAUAGUGUUAUAAAGUUACUAUAUUCAACUCGUAUUUCAUUGAGUAAAAUUAUAAAAAUAUGCCAUUUGUUACUUUCAAUUGAAAAAUAAAGCACAAACAAAAAAAAAAAAAAAAAAAA